AAAACAAACGCAGUUUGCUACCAUUUGCGGUAAAAAGUUAAUUACAAACACUACAAAAAUGAAAGCGUUCAUCGUAGCAGCUUUACUGAUCGCCAUGGUGGCAGCUCGUCCCCAGAAAGAAGUGGAGAUCCUGCGUUACGACAGCGAUAACAUUGGCGUCGACGGUUACAAAUUCGCCUACGAGCUGAGCGACGGAACCAACCGCCAAGAAGAAGCUCAAUUGCAGAACGCCGGAACCGAAAACGAGGCAAUCUCCGUCCGCGGCUCUUACACCUGGGUGGCACCUGAUGGACAGCAAUACACCGUCAACUUUGUCGCCGACGAAAACGGUUUUCGACCAGAAGGAGCACACAUUCCGAAAUAAAACCACCAAAUUAAAUUAGACUACUAUGUAUGAUACUCAAAUGAUACCUGCAUUGAAUAUGUACAUGUAUGCCAAUAUAUUUAACUGAAUUGUAUUAACU